UUCAACAUGUAACGUUAGCUGCACAGCCUGACUGAUAUUUACUGAACUAUUCUUACUCACUGGUGACUAUGUUUACUAACCAGGGCAUUCAACCGGUCAGUGUUGUUUUUAACAACACUAAAAACUGCUUUCUGCACUUGCCCUCCAAGCUGAUAUCACACCUCUCUCUGAAUGAGAACCAAGCGUUGGAGUUGUCAUGGGGUGUUGGAUCGCCAGUGUUUCUCAGCUGGACUUUGAACAAAGGCUCCUGCCAGGACAGUCACAGAGUGGAGCUGUGUCGACAGCUGGGGGAGAAACUGGGCCUGAACGAUGGAGAGCAGGGCUUUGUCAGACCCUGCCACCAGGUUUCAUCAUUGCGUCAGGUGUUUGUGGAGCCUCUGUCACCAGAUGACUGGGAGAUCUUGGAGCUCCAUAGUUCAGCUCUGGAGGAACAGCUGCUGAAUCAGAUCAGGGUGGUUUUCCAGGAUGCUGUGUUUCCUGUCUGGGUGGAUAAACACACGGCCAUCUACAUCCAAAUAGCUUCACUCUCUCCAUUUGUGCCUUAUGGUCGCCUCGAGCAGUUCACGGAACUUGUGGUGUCUCCGAAGACCCGCGCUGGAUUUGGCGCCCUCAGUAAUUCCCCCGUGCGAUCCGGCCAGGAACAGUAUUUUCACGCACAGCAAAACGCAGAUUCCGGCUCUGCCCCCUCAGGGCCAGCAUCAAGAAGCAGCUCCGUCAUGUCUGCCGGCCACCAGUGGGGCGGCAUCGCAGACCUGAAGAGUCUGCUCCGCCACGUGAUCUGGGGCGCGGGCGACUCGGUUCUGGAGUCGCCGCCUGUGCCUGACAUCCCCGCCCUUUUCACUGACUCUAUCUACAGGGUGUGUGGCACGCCGCCUCACUCUCUCUGCACCAUAAGCCAAGUGGCCACCACUGUCAUUCACCUGUUUCCUUGGAACGGCGGUUUGAAUGACGGCCUGAAUGGCGGUCAGGCUCCGGUGACGUACGGCCUCCUCUCCAAAGUCGCGUCUCCAGAAGAGUCGAGGAAAAAAAUGAAGCAGGACGCGGAGACGAAGAAGAACGCGGAGGCCACUGCCGAUGGCGCUCCAGCUGAAGAAGAGAAAGAGAAGGAACAGGAAACCAUGGUGGUCCGGGCGGUGUGCCACGGCGCUCAGGAUCUGUCUGGCAACGGAGGGAUCUACAGUGGAAGAGUUUGGAUCCCACAGCCGCUGGCCAGAAGGUUAAACAUCCCGCCGCAUUCAGCAGUCAGAAUCAAACCAGUGAAAACAGCCAUCAAAGUAGCGUCUUCCAUCCGCCUGCAACCCCUAAAACCACUGCCCGAGGAGGAUGAUGAGGAGAUCCAGAUGGCUUUUCUCGGUUGGCUGCACACACAGAGUCAUGAACCUUUAGCCUGUCUGACAGCGCGGUCUGGCACCAUCCUCCUACAUUCAACCGACGCAAAGUUAGAGUUCGCUUUAGCUGUGCUGAAACCAGAAGCAGAGAAUGAUCCUGCAGACCAGCUGUUUCUGCUCUCACCCACUGUCUUCAGGAAGGAAAACAUACAGGUUGACAGGGAGCUGGCAACAGAGCCGGAUUCCAACGCCGGAGCAGAAACUCUGCUCCCAGAGCUUCCCUCCCUCUGUAAUCUUGGCGGGGCGGAUGAGCUCAGUAGAGCUGGGUUUGAGUUUAUCUCCCACAGCCUUUUGGGUUCUCCGCUCUCACAAGCGCUCGGCACCGCUGGACAGGGCCUUCGAGGUGGAGCGCUACUCAUCACUGGCGCCAAGGGGAGCGGAAAGAGCAGUUUGUCUCAAGCCCUCUGCAGGAAAGCUAGAGAAGAUCUGGAUGCUCACGUGGAGGUGGUGGACUGCAAGAAACUUCAAGGCAAAAGGGCUGAUUCUGUCAGAGAGAGCCUGCAGAAGGUUUUCGAGCAGGCAGAGUGGAUGCAUCCCUCAGUUGUUCUGCUUGAUGACCUGGAUCUGUUGGCACGAGCGCCGGCCUCACCGGAGCACGAGCACGGCCCCGAGGCGCUGCUGCACCUGCACAUUGCACAGAGUCUGAAGGAUGUGGUGUACGAGGUAGUCCUGCGCUCCAGCCUCGUGUGCCUGAUCCUCACCAGCCAGAGUGAACACUCACUCCACUCGCUGCUCACUGAGGUGCAGGGCUCCCACUUCAUCCAGGGAUUUGUAAACAUCGAGCCACCGGAUCGGGCCCAGAGAGCAGACAUCGUACGGCAUCUAAUCCUCAGGAAGCCCUGCUUCUCUGAGGAGACUUUACAGACGCUUGACCUCGAGGCUGUUUCCAAGGAGACUGAAGGUUACACGCCCCAGGAUCUGGCAUUGCUCGUGGAGCGCGCCACCCAUGCAAACACCAUGCAGAAAAGAAAUUCCGACCAAGGUGUGUGUCUGACGUGGAGUGACUUCGCACAGGCGUUAAAGGGAUUCACUCCGCCCUCUCUGUGGGGCGUGGACCUCCACACCCCGACUGGAUUUGGGCUGGAGCGGGUGGGAGGGCUGAAAGAGGUGCGGCAGCAGCUGAUGGACACCAUCCUGCUUCCCGCUAAGUAUCCCAUCUUGUUUGCAAGUCUUCCUAUCCGCCAUCGCUCAGGAAUCCUGCUGUACGGAGCUCCUGGCACCGGGAAGACGCUGCUGGCCAGAGCUGUAGCCAAGGACAGCGGGAUGAACUUCAUCAGCAUCAAGGGUCCUGAACUGCUCAGUAAGUACAUUGGAGCCAGUGAGCAGGCGGUGCGUGACGUUUUCCAAAGGGCGCAAGCUGCCAAGCCGUGCAUCCUGUUCUUCGACGAGUUUGACUCCCUGGCUCCCAGGAGAGGCCACGACAGCACCGGGGUGACGGACCGUGUGGUCAACCAGCUCCUCACCCAGCUGGACGGAGUGGAGGGGCUGCAGGGUGUGUAUGUGCUCGCAGCGACUAGUCGGCCGGACCUUAUUGACCCAGCACUGCUGAGACCUGGACGGCUGGACAAAUCCCUGUACUGCCCCCCGCCCAAUCAGGAAGACCGUGUGGAGAUCCUGAGAGCUCUGAGCCUGGGCGUCCCCCUGGCUCCAGACGUGGACCUGGAGCAGGUGGCAGCGGCGACGGAGCAGUUCACCGGGGCCGACCUGAAAGCCCUGCUCUACAACGCCCAGCUGGAGGCUGUGCACAGCAGCGUGGGCUCCGGCACGCCGCAUGAGUUGGCCUGCGGCUCAGAGAGCGACAUGAGCCUGUCGUCCAUGAUCUUCCCGACCAACAGCAGCGGCUCAGACGAGUCGAUGGGGGAGCUGGAGCAGUCGAUGGUUCUCCUGGAGCACAGCGAGCUGCAAGCAGAGGACGAUCAACAGCACGGCAACCUGUGGAGACUCUACUUCGGAAGCUCCUACGAGACAGAGUCAGGAAAUUCACCAGUUUUAGGACUGAACCUGCGGUGCGUCUCUGGACCAAACUCUGGGAACCUCGACUUCACCGCAGCCCCGGCUCGGGACCCGGUCAGCUCCGCCCCCCCUGCCUACAUGCCUUCCAUCCAGAGAGGCUUCGAGGAGCUCAGCCCGGAGCAGCUGGAGCGCCUCCAAGAAACUGUCAAUACCAUCAAGAAGAACCAUAAAAGAGCCAACAAAGAGCCUGUCUCCGUGCAUCCAGCCUCCAGUCAGCCCAGCCUGCUGCUGUGUCAGGCUCAUCUAAAUGCCGCCAUGGCUGCAACCAGACCAUCCGUCAGCCAAGCAGACUGGAAGAACUACACAAGACUGUAUGAAAGCUUUGGUGGUUUUGGAGAUGGAAAAUCUCAUCCUGUCCCUUUUAAACCUGGACAACGUGCAACUUUGGCUUGAUCCAACACAUGAAUCCCACAGAUCUGAUUAUAUCUUUUUGGUAUGAACCAAAUUCAGCAUUUGUAGGCAGCACAGAUACAUAUCAAGUGUUUGUAUGAAUAAUUUAAAAUAAAGUUUUAUUGAUGUGAUCAUCAUUGACACGUUCAAAGAAAUUGUAAUUACUGUAUAUAUGUAUAAUACCAGAAAAUAAACCGUC